CUCAGCAUAUCAGAAGCAAAUCAGUUUUAAAAAAAUACCUGCAAUAGCUAAUAACACUGCUGAAACAUUUCCUUUAGAAGAAGACUUUGAUAUAAUUACCAUGGAACUUUUUGAAUCUGAUUCUAUGGCCUGUGACACAAUGCUGAAAUCAGCAGCCUUUGACCUUUAUGCAAAGCCUGGUAAUAAUAGGACAUUAACUCUAUUGAAUCCCAAGAAAUCUUUUUAUCAAUGGAGGCUACGUGUUCCACCCGAAUAUGUUGUGAGAUUGGUAGUUGUAACUUCAUAUGAUGUGGUUCCUGGGAGUUGUGCAACGCACAGGCUAUCUGCGUAUGAUUUUCUUCUUCCUUUGCAGAACAAGAUCAUUACCAGGUGGUGUGGAAUGUCAGGAGCCUGGAAGCCUCCAGUUAUACGUUUAACUUCAUCCAGUAAUGUAAUGUUGGUCACUUUUUCACUGGAUCGACGGCAAAAGAGUAAUAUAUUGAAAGCAUAUUUCCAAGCUGUUCCUAAAAUUGUUUGUGGUGGCUGGUAUGUUUCCUGGAAUGGGAGUAUAAUUUCACCUUAUUAUCCUAGUUACUAUCCACCAAAUAUUGACUGCCACUGGAUUAUCAGGGCCCCACUCCCUGGAUAUAGAUUGAUGUUAAAAAUUAUUGUAAUACAAAUUCAGGAACAAUCUCCUGGAUCCAAGAGAUGUGAUAAAGAUUGGCUGGCAAUUGAUGGAGUAAGGUAUUGCAAAGCUAUUGCAGAAGAAAACAGGGUUAAGGAAUAUGGCUAUUCCAUUUCAAUUAGCUUUCAUUCCGAUGAAUUGGUUACACACAGAGGUUUUUAUAUAGAAUUUAGAGCUUUCAGCCAUACAGAUCCUUGUCCAAGGCAGUUUAAAUGUUCUGACCGAUCAUGCGUUCCUUUAAAUAGUAAAUGUGAUGGGUGGAAUGACUGCACAGAUGGAAGUGAUGAAAUAGAUUGUGCCUAUAAAGGGUGUCUACCUCAUUCAUAUAAAUGUCUAAAUGGGAAAUGUCCCAAAAAAUUAAAUCCAGAAUGUGAUGGUAUAAAAGACUGUGAAGAUGGAUUUGAUGAAAUGAAUUGUGCAUGUGGAAAGAGUCAGAUAAAGAAAUUCAGAAUUGUUGGUGGUGAAGAAUCUAGGCCUGGAAAGUGGCCAUGGCAAGCAAGCUUGCAACUGGGAACAUCUGGUCAUAUAUGUGGUGGAUCUGUAAUUUCAAAUCGGUGGUUGGUAUCAGCUGCACAUUGCUUUCAGGACUCCGAGUCUAUAAGAUACUCCAUAGCAUCUGGCUGGACAGCAUAUAUGGGUAUUAAAAGCAUAAAUAAAUACAGCAAUAAUCAAGCAGUAAUGAGAUCCAUCAAAAGGAUAAUAGUCCAUCCAAAUUAUGACCAAUACGUCUCAGAUUAUGACAUUGCGCUCUUGGAAAUGGAGGCACCAGUAUUUUUCACUGAGCUGGUUCAGCCCAUAUGUUUACUGAGCAGUCCUAGAGUAUUUAUUUAUGGAGCUGUCUGCUAUGUAACUGGCUGGGGAGCUGUAAAAGAAAAUAGUCAGCUUACAAAAACACUACAAGAAGCCAAAGUGAAAAUCAUUAACCAAAGUGUUUGCAACAAACUUUAUGAUUAUCUAAUUACAUCUCAAAUGCUCUGUGCUGGGAACCUUAAUGGUGGUAUUGAUGCAUGUCAGGGUGAUUCUGGAGGACCAUUAGCCUGUUUAGGAAAAGGAAACAGAUGGUACCUUACAGGCAUUGUCAGCUGGGGUGAAGGAUGUGCUCGAAGGAACCGCCCUGGAGUUUAUACUAAGGUCUCAGCAUUUUAUGAAUGGAUUCGUCAAUACAUAAACUAACAAAUGGCUUAAAAGAAACCUGAAAGCAUCCAUACGUCCUUCAAUUACUAUGUACA